CAACAUACAACAUGGCGGUGGGCGUGUGCGAGCUGGCGGCGUGUUGUUGGUAAUGCUUGUCGGCGCCCGGGCUGCGGACAGCGAUCAAAUUACGCGGCGAUCUGUUCGAUCGGUCUCGCAUGCAUGUUCGUAGACGAGCGCCGCGAUCAUGGACCACAGGGACCAACUGCUCGCGCUAAAGGUCAUGCGUCUGACGCGGCCUUCGCUCUUCCAGACGUUGCCAGUCGUGUGCGACUCCCGAGACAUCCCGGGCAGCAUGUGGAUGCAAGAGCUCAAGCAAGACCUCGGCACACCGUUGGGUCUCGAGCUGUUCGGCGCGGGCAGCUUUCUCAUGCUUCCCCAGAGCUUCGGCAACAUCUACCUUGGCGAGACUUUUUCUUGCUACAUGAGCGUCCACAACGAUAGCCAGACCACCGUGCGCGACGUGUCGGUCAGGGCCGAGCUGCAGACCGACUCGCAGAAGGUGUUGCUGACCGGGCGCGCCGACAGUGCCGAUGCGGUCGCCGAACUGGCGCCCAACUGUAGUAUCGACGAAGUGAUCCAUCACGAAGUGAAGGACAUCAACACGCACAUUCUCGUCUGCACCGUCAACUACUCGACGCAGGCAGGGGAGAAACUGCACUUCCGCAAGUUCUUCAAGUUCCAGGUUUACAAGCCACUUGACGUCAAGACAAAGUUUUACAAUGCAGAGUCAGAUGAGGUCUACCUCGAGGCGCAGUUGCAGAACAUCACCUCCUCGCCAAUAUGCCUCGAGAAAGUGGCACUUGAACCCUCCCCAUACUUCAGCGUGUGCCAGCUCAACACGUGUGGAGACAGUCAGAGCGUGUUCGGUCCGGUGAAUUUUUUGAACCCGCAUGACACACGGCAGUACUUGUUCAGCCUUUCGCCCCGGUCGUCGUCCGAGACGAGCGACCCGGUUACACAGCCCGAAAGGCGCCGCAGCGGCGUCACCAGCAUCGGGAAGCUCGACAUCGUCUGGCGGUCAGCCAUGGGCGAGAAGGGACGUCUGCAGACGUCGCAGCUGGAACGGAUAGCCCCCGGCUAUGAAGACAUCAAGCUCACCGUUGAGUCAGCACCGAGCACUGUAAACCUGGAGGAGCCGUUCGAGAUUGCCUGCUCCGUGAUGAACACGUGUCAGAGGACGAUGGACUUGGUUCUCGCGCUUGAAAACUUGCCGUCUUCGGGGCUGCUCUGGCAAGGUAUGUCGGGGCAGAGCCUCGGCAAGCUGGAGCCUCAAUCCACUAUUCGCAUCAAGCUCGAGGCUGUGCCUUUCCGGACGGGUCUCCAGAGCAUCUCGGGCAUCAAGCUGUCGGACACUUACCUCAAACAGACGUACGACUAUGAUGAGAUAGCAUGUGUGCUAGUGUGUGCCAACGGAACGACGGUUUCGUGCUGAUUACGGCUUGUUUAUCCUAGUUUUGAUUUCGAUGUUUCGUCAUUUGGGAGAAGCUAAUGUUGCCAAGCGGCAUUACUGUACUGACAGACGAACUAUGAUAUGAAAAAUGUUACUCUAUUGUGCUGAAUUGUAUGCAUUCCCAAAGUUAUUGAGGUGGCUGUAUUUGUUAUACCUUGUUGGAUAUAAAUGCUGGAUGAAUUCUUUAAUUAAUGUAGAUUUUCAUGGUCCUUUUCAACACUCACUUUCAUGAAACUGUGUGGAAUGACAGACAUUUGAAAUAAACAACAACACGCUGUAGAGUUCUGGUUUUAUUGGCUAGAGAUAUAAGCAUGCUUGUAAGACUGGCCGACAAACUUGAACUACACAUAUAUCUCUCUUUUCGUACAGUAAAUCUCAUCUAUAUUGAACGGAAUGUAUCACAAGAAUGUACACAAAAUGGGGGGGGGGGGGG